AAGCCAAAGGGGAGGAGCUAUCACGCCGUCGUCUGAAUUACGUCAUGCACAAACAGCUGGUCGUUGGCAAAGAAAAAAAAGAGAAAAAAAACUGGAAAGGAAAAAAAAAUGUAGACCAUCAGAGCGACGGAGAAGUGCACCGGGCCGCUGCAGCCCCCUCACCAGAUAGCUCGCUCCCAACGAUGCGGCGACCGGAGCGCCCGGGCUCGGGAUGCAGCCCCCCCAGGCUCAUCGGGCUGAUCUACACCGCUCUGUGGUGCGCGCUGGUCGGAGAUUGCCUUUUUGUGACCGAAUACUUCACCCGCACGCCUCGUAAGCUGAACGCUUUCAACUCCUUCGCCAGUGUGGAGCUGUUCCACUUCAAUGUGCCUGACGACACCAUGAUGGCCGUAUGGAACCUCAUCACCUUCAAGGAGCAAGGGGGCACGUUUGGAGACAGCUGCCCCAACCGCAACGUGACUGUGUACUUCAGGUCUGGGGCUCCUCCAGUAAUCAACCCCCUGCACACCUGCUUCCCUCGAGACACGGUUGUCCCAGGAUCGUUUGCGGUGACCCUCACCUGGACUCUUCCGAACCGUACCACAGGAGCGUUCAACGUGACCAGCCCACUCCCCGGGGACUGGUUCCUAGCCGCACAUUUGCCAAAGGAUGAAGGGAAGAUCUCUGUCAAGGGUCUGUCCGAAGAAUGCCAGUAUCUGUUCCAACCCCAGCUCAUCGUCCAGAGGCUGAUUGGGAUUUCUGUGCUUUAUCCUGGAUACUUUGUCAACCAGAUGAUCCCCAUCCAUAAUAGAUCUGCACUCUAUAAGGUGUUCAUCCCCAAUUAUACAUCCAAGUUGAAGGUGCAGCUGCUAAACUGCAGCACCAGGAACAAGAGUGGCGACAUUUGUCCCGUGGUGCUGAAGAUGAGAGCGCGGGCGCCGCCGGUGCACAACUCCAGUGCCCUGGACUGCAGGGAGGUGAAGCCCUGUGAACUAGACACGCUGGUCCCUGCCUGGGAACAAUGGUACUACAUCCUGGUGGAGAGAUACCCGAGCAACUGCGACGUCUACUUCCGCAUCGGGGUCCAGAGCACAGAUUGCUCCAAGUCCAAUUUGUCCAAGGACCAAUCGCAGGCCGGCUCCUCCAUGAACAUGCCUCAGUCCUUUGGGACGGCGAUGGGCUUCUCCCUGUCUGAGACGCUGUCGGUGGCCUCCCUGCCCGGCCCGUCACACAACGCCAGUCUCCUGCGCACAUCGGAGGAAGAAAUCGUUUACCUGGCCCCCGCGCCCGACGCCACCAAGUGCUGGCCCAUCCGGCCGACUCUGCGCAACGAGCUGGACACCUUCUCCGUGCACUUCUACGUCUUCUUCGGUCCAAACAUAUCCAUCCCGCCGGACAGGGCGGCCGUGUUCGCCAUCAACCUGAUGCCAGUUCUGGACAGUGGGGGGGUCCUCAACAUGGAGCUCAAACUCAACAUGUCCGCGCUGAAAGGAGCUAACGUCACGGUGUUUGGCUGCCUGAACCCCGGGAUGCCGCUCUUCUUGAGGGACAACUCCUCCCUCAACUGUGAAUCAGAAUCGGUGGUGGGCUUUUCCCUCACCGUGAACGCCUCCACUAAUGUCACCAAAUUGAGGAUUCCCUACCCGCAAACAGGCACCUGGUACCUCAGUCUGCGCUCUCAAUGUGGCACUGAACACGGAUUCGAGGCGUGCGCCAACGUCACUGCCGAGGUGUACAUGCGCGCGUACCUGACUCCUUGCAUCAAUGACUGUGGGACGUACGGGCAAUGCAAGCUCCUGCGCACCAACAACUAUCUUUACGCAGCGUGUGAAUGCAAAGCAGGCUGGGAGGGCUGGGGAUGCACAGACAACUCGGAGGCCUACUCCUACAGUUUCCAGCUCCUUUCCACCCUGCUGCUGUGCCUCAGCAACCUGAUGUUCGUCCCGCCCGUGGCCAUCGCCAUCCGGAGCCACUACCUGCUGGAGGCCUCGGUCUACAUCUUCACCAUGUUCUUCUCCACUUUCUACCACGCAUGCGACCAGCCGGGCAUCGUGGUCUUCUGCAUCAUGGAGUACGACGUCCUGCAGUUCUGUGACUUCCUCGGCUCGCUCAUGUCAGUGUGGGUCACCGUCAUCGCGAUGGCCCGCCUGAAGUCCAUCAUCAAACAGGUGCUGUAUCUGCUGGGGGCGAUGUCUCUGUCCAUGGCUCUGCAGCUAGACCGUCAUGGUCUGUGGAACCUGCUGGGACCCAGCCUGUUUGCUCUGGGCAUCAUGGCUGUGGCAUGGACGGUGCGCACCAUCCGUCGCCGGCGUUGCUACCCGCCCACCUGGAAGCGCUGGGUGUUCUUCCUCUUCCCGGGCACCAUGAUCGCAACGUCGGCCGUGGCCCUAUACGCCUUCGUGGAGACGGAGGAGAACUACUUCUACAUCCACAGCAUCUGGCACAUGCUGAUUGCAGGGAGCGUGGGCUUCCUCUUGCCGCCCCGCGCCAAGCCCGACGCCAAGGUGACCCCCAUGAAGCGCCGGCGGGGCUGCGGCUAUCAGCUGUGCGUCAACGAGCACGAGGAGCUGGGCCUGGUGGACCCCGCCAUCAUCUCCAUCAACAGCAUCUGCACCAGCUGAUUUGAGCCUUUUACCUUAGAGACACUUCAUUGCCUUCUUUUACUUGGGAAAUUCACACACGGGAAAUUAAGCCAGACAACUUGAAAAAGCAAUGUAAAUACUUCAAUGCAGAUGUGACACAUUGGAUUUUUAUUUCUUUUGCGGGGGUUGGGGGGGAGGGGGGGUAUUGUCAAGGUAAUUGCCGUCGAUACAACUGUAAUUAUUCUUAUCUAUAGUUAAAGAAUCGUGGGUGUAGAGUGGCACACUGUUGUUUGUGAAUAUGUAUUUAAAGUCAAAGCUGAAACACUGCUGCUAUCUGACGUUGACUGUAAAACUGCUUCUGUUGGUUAUUUAUUGAUGGUCCUCUGAACAGGACAGUUCUAUUACUGUUGGGGGCGGGGCACAGAUCAGUGGGAGACGGGGGCGGGAGGGGGAAAUUAAUCAAGGGCACGGCUUUUCUGAAAUUCUUUUCAAAUGUAUCUUUUGCACUGAGACACAAAAAAUGUUAUUCUGUACAUUUUUAUAACACUAUGAACUACAGUUGGCAUCACAAAUGUAAAACCUAGUCGUCAUGUGGAAUGUUAGACUGUUUUUUGCAAUAGCAAUGUAUCGCUUUUACAAGAAUGUGCAGGUUGUUCUCAAAGGAAACAAUUCCCAAGUCCAGCUGCCUGUUGUGAGAGAUGAAGAGGCCAGGGCAGGAUUGUAAUCAUAGAGACCUCAAAACCAAGACCUCCCUGUUCCUUUUCUGACAGGACCUGUGUGGCACCACGUUCAUAAACAAUAAAUGUUUUUUCUUUCUUGC